AUGUUGAUAUUCAAUUGUAUUUCCGCCCUCCUCUUUGUUUUCGGAGAACUCUGCUCUGCCGCCAGUCUUGAAUACGAUGUGAGCUCUCAACAGCAUGCAAAGAGAGAGACUGGCGCCAUAGAGGCACGGAUGGUAGCCGCGUCCAGGAUUUCGAAGCUGAAGAAGCGCGCUGAUCAUCUCGGACUCUACAACUCAUUUGAUCUGGAGUAUAUUGAAGAGACGCAUCACGGCAGCGCGGAUAUUAUUGCUACGACUAUUCACGUAGAGUCAAGCAAAUCUGUGCUUCUUCUGGAAGACCACGAGCAUUUGAUGCACAGGAUUGAGUGUUCGCAGGACAAGAUUUCCCUUUCUUUCUCGGGUUACUCUGAUCUGAGCACCGACUUCUUGGAUGAGCUGGAGGGUGGGUUCCUCAUCAGUUCCCAUGCCGGCUGUAAUGACCAGGGAGUUAGGAGUGUGUUCAGCGUGGAGGGAUACGAGCUUUUGCAAGAAGGCAUAGUUGCAUCGCUGUCAGUGCAUCGCGUCGCUUGGAAGGCCGCUUUUCCCAACAUGACCAUCAAGAUGGGCCAAGUAGAAAGCAAGCUCGACUACCAGCCACGGGAGGAACUUCUGCGCCGACAAGAUACACCAACUCCCACAAGCUCGACUUCUGCAGCCACGACCACAGCCACUGACCUUUCUCUCGCAACACAGAUAGUCAACAAGGACCUUGACUUCGAGUUUGUCGACGCAGGAUGUACGAACUGCACAACCACAGGAUCAUUGGGAUUUGAUGCAACAUUCGACCUUGAUGACUACAGUGGUGAAGCGACCAUUGUGCUUAAUGGCUUCUCAGCAUACAUGGCUUUACACGUCAACGUUCCCGAUAGUAAUAAGUACGAAAUACCACUUCCGUUCGAAAGAAAUGUCACGGUUAACGCCCCUGAUACGGUUCAAUUAACCCUUGACCUCGAUCAACCCAGUAAUUCUAACCAAACAGGCUUUGAUGACUGGCAAUCUACAGCCCUCCCUUUCAGUGCGGAAGUGGAAGUGCAUGACGUAAACAUUACCCUUGGGCUCCGUAAUAGUUUUAUGGUCGAGUGGCGUGACAGCGAUGACGGGGAUGACGACAAAACGCAGAAUAGGACUGCAAGCGACCCAGAUGCUUAUGCCGGAUUAUAUCUCGAUCUCCCGGUACUCUCAACUAAAAUCACUGCACUCGAGUCCGUCGACGCGGAUUGCAACCCACUCGAUAAUACUAACUUGGACGCAACCAACAAAAGUUCGAUAUUAAAAGCUCUCAAUAAGCCGUAUAGCAUCGAGCCGUUCGCCAAGAUGGAAUUCGGAGUCAAGGGCCUCGAAAUCGUUGACGAUAUAGACGGCCCGCUAUUCCCACCUAAGGAGCUGCCACUUCCAAAAACUUGUCUGAACUUCGACUCGGACAGCAAAUCAUACUUGCCAGCAGCCGAGGUCGUCAAAAAUAUCGAGGGCACGUCCGAUGCUAUGCACGGAAUGAUUAACCCGUUAGCAAGGCCCCUUGCCUCGACUUUACUGGUCCUGUCGAUUUUUGCCGCUCUGGCUUAG